AAAAGAUUCCUUUUUUACUAUUGGUCAAAACAAAUUCACUUCCCAAAUAUGCUCAGCCCCCACCUCUCUUCUCUUCCCCAUCUUUCUACUUCUCCUCAUAACCCUUACAAGCUUCACAUCAUCAAAACGCUUAAACAUGUUAAUCCCACAGCUCCCAUAGCCAAGCCAUGACCAUACAACACUCUCCCUUCCGCCGUUUCACCGCCGCCAAUGCCGUCGUCCCUGUUCAUCUGCCGAUAAACGUUUACUUCUUUCGUUUCAACUAUGUCUCGCACUCAUCAUUCUCACUCACUCGAUGAUUCCGCCUCUGCUGUUAACAGCUUGUACUGCGACGAGGACGCCGGUGAGGUUGUCCAAUUCGACUCUGACUCCCGGAUCUCUGAUAAUGGCCUUCGAUCAUUUUAUUUGUCUGCUUAUUUUCCACCGUCCGAUGAAAAUACUGUCGACGAACUCUUGGAUUCUGAGCUUCACUUCAUGCCUUCAUCUGAUUAUCUCCAUCGUUGCCGUGACCGGAGCGUUGACGCCACCGCUCGGCAGGACUCUAUCAACUGGAUCCUUAAGGUGCAUGCAUAUUAUCACUUCAGGCCACUAACGGUGUUGCUCUCCGUCAACUACUUCGACCGCUUUCUUUCUUCUCAUUCUCUUCCGCAUUUUCCAUCACAACAGGCAAAUGGAUGGCCGUUUCAGCUUCUUUCAGUGGCGUGCUUGUCUUUAGCGGCCAAAAUGGAGGAGAUCCACGUGCCACUAUUGUUGGACCUCCAAAUACUUGAACCCGGAUUCGUUUUUGGACCCAAAACUGUCCAAAGAAUGGAGCUACACGUCAUGGCCAAUCUCAAUUGGAGGCUACGCUCUGUUACUCCUUUUGACUAUCUCGAUCAUUUCAUCUCCAAACUACCCUCUUGUUCCUCUAUAAAACCCGAUAACUUGAAUCGGGUCUUUACGGCUUCGUCGGAUCUCAUUCUGAGCACCAUCCGUGUGAUUGAUUUCUUGGCUUUCAAGCCGUCGACAAUAGCUGCGGCGGCUGUGCUAUGCGCCGGCGGCGAUAGUUUUGAAAUAUCGGCGGCCAACGGGCAGUUAUUUAAUGAGAGAAUAAGUAAAGAAAUGGUGAGAAGUUGUCAUCAACUAAUGCAGGAGUACCUGAUAGACACGUGUCCAUUGGCUCGGCUAAAGCAGUCAACAGCUGAGCUGCCAGCAGCACCGCCGAGCCCAGUCGGCGUGCUCGACGCUGCUGCUUGCAGGAGUUGUGACACGCGGUCGGAGAACCCCAGCUCCAUCGGCCAAGCGGAAGUUGAGCCGGUGGCCAAGCGGCCUCGAUCCUCUGCCACGGAUGUACAGCGACAGUAGAUAAGACCACCACCAGAUAUCUUAAAUUUUAUCUUAGAGCCCUACCUUUUCAUUUUUCUAUGCGUUGAUUAUGAUAUGAACGGACAGAAUUGCUUGUCCAAGUGAAGAGGGAUUUUGUCACUAAUUAAUAGUAGUUUAAAAUUAUUAUUAGUGUUUGUUGGA